AUAAAGAAGAGUGUACAUUCAGUGAUGAAUGAACGUAUGUUAUUAAGUUAACUUAAACAUACAUUUUUGAUCAAUAUGUAUUAUCCAUUUGAGGAUCGAGAAAACUUAUACUUAGUAAUGGAUUACAUGUGUGGAGGAGAUUUGCGAUUUCAUAUUGGAAGAAUGAGAAGAUUUUAAUGAG